UAACUCACAAAUAUCCUUUGUCCUAAUGAAUCAUUAAACCCCACUAUCUUCCUUCCUUCUUCUUCUCCUUCUUGUCCAGAGUCAAUGAUGGCAGAUUAACUCACAAAUAUCUCCAUAGCUUUUCUAACAUUACUAUAAAAGAACCAAUCAAAUUCAUUUUUUGAUUCCUCAGCUCUCCCAUUUCAUGAACUUCAUUGCCUUAUCAAGUUAUUGAAUUUCAAGAUGAGUGUAAACCGGCUGAAACAUGGAUCUAAUCUCAGAUUGGUGUUGUUAGUUCUUUGGUUGGUCUGUUAUGUCUGUUAUGGUCAGUUUGAGGACACAAAUGACUUCAACAAUCCAGCUGUUCUUCCCCUGGUCACACAGAUGGUUUACCGUAGUCUCUCCAAUAGCACUGCUGCACUUAAUCAAGAACUCGCCACUAGAGCCAAGUUUUGCGUCAAAGACCCGGAUGCUGAUUGGAACAAAGCUUUUAAUUUCUCCACCAAUUUAGACUUCCUCUCUUCUUGCAUUCAGAAAACCAAAGGUGAUAUUGGUAGGCGUAUGUGCACAGCAGCAGAGAUGAAGUUCUAUCUAAAUGCUUUCUUCUCUAAAACGAAUAACCCUGGGUACUUGCAACCAAAUGGGAACUGCAACUUGACAUCAUGGGUCUCUGGUUGUGAGCCUGGUUGGGCCUGCAGCGUUGAUCCAAACGAACAAGUUGAUCUGCAAAACUCUAAAGAAUUUCCAGAAAGAACAAGGAACUGUAUGUCUUGCUGUGAAGGCUUCUUCUGCCCCAGGGGACUCACUUGCAUGAUACCUUGCCCUCUUGGUGCUCAUUGCCCCUUAGCUACCCUUAACAAGACCACAAGCUUAUGCCAACCGUAUACUUAUCAACUACCACCAGGACAACCAAACCACACAUGUGGAGGUGCAAAUGUAUGGGCUGAUAUCAGAAGCAGCGGCGAGGUAUUCUGCUCCGCUGGAUCAUAUUGUCCAACCACCACUCGGAAAGUACCUUGUGAUAGUGGGCACUACUGUCGGAUGGGGUCUACAUCUGAGAAACCUUGCUUUAAGUUAACUUCUUGCAACCCCAACACUGCAAAUCAGAACAUGCAUGCACUUGGGGUUAUGGUUAUUUGUGGUGUGGUUACUAUUCUACUCAUUAUAUACAACUGUUCUGAUCAAAUCCUCACAACAAGGGAGAGGAGGCAGGCGAAGUCCAGGGAAGCAGCGGUGAAGAAAGCUAAGGCCAACCAGAGAUGGAAAGUUGCUAGAACUGCUGCUACGAAGCAUGUAACUGAGAUCCGUGCACAAAUAACUCGAACGUUCUCUGGUAAAAAGCCCAAUAACGAUGGAGAAACUCACAAGAUGUUGGCUCGUGGGUACUCUUCUGAGGUGGAAGACUUGCCCAAAUAUUCUUCAAGUCAUGCUAGUUCAUCUGCUGUGCAACCUACCUUUGAGAUUGAGGAUGAUGCAACUGCAGGAAGUAUAGAAAGACCAAGUGCCACUACAACAGGUGGAAAGAGAGGUAAAGGACACAGAAUCAAGAAAUCACAGAGUCAAAUCUUGAGGUACGCUUAUAAUCAGAUCGAGAAGGAGAAAGCCAGGGAGGUAGAGAAUAGAAACCUUACCUUUUCAGGAAUAGUUAACAUGGCUACUUACUCUGAGAUGAAGAAGAGGACUCUCAUGGAGCUUUCUUUCAAAGACUUAACACUUACUUUGAAGUCCAACGGUAAGCAUCUGUUGAGAUGUGUGACGGGAAGCAUGAAACCAGGUCGGAUCACAGCUGUGAUGGGUCCAUCAGGAGCAGGAAAGACAAGUCUUCUUUCUGCUUUAGCUGGUAAAGCCGUUGGAUGUAAGUUAAGCGGUUCGAUUCUUAUAAACGGGAAGGAGUUAUCAAUCCACUCAUAUAAGAAGAUUAUUGGUUUUGUGCCGCAAGAUGACGUUGUCCAUGGAAACUUGACUGUUGAGGAGAACAUUUGGUUCCAUGCUAAUUGCAGAUUACCAGCAGGACAAUCAAAAGCUGAUAAAGUUCUUGUGGUUGAGAGAGUCAUUGACUCUUUGGGGCUACAAGCUGUGAGAAGUUCACUAGUUGGUACGGUAGAGAAGAGGGGAAUCUCAGGAGGGCAGAGGAAACGAGUGAAUGUUGGUUUGGAAAUGGCAAUGGAGCCUUCUAUUUUGUUCUUGGAUGAACCUACUUCUGGCUUGGACAGUGCCUCAUCACAGCUUCUUCUUAAAGCACUUAAGCAUGAGGCCCUUGAGGGUGUCAAUAUCUGCAUGGUUGUUCACCAGCCAAGUUAUUCUCUGUUCCAAACGUUCAAUGAUCUAGUACUUCUAGCGAAAGGUGGCCUUACCGUUUACCACGGACCAGUCAAGGACGUGGAGACAUACUUCUCCGGUCUUGGAAUCAUUGUACCAGAACGUAUCAACCCUCCUGACUACUACAUAGACGUUCUGGAAGGGAUUGUAACCAACCUGAACUCUGAUGUCAGCUACAAGGAGCUUCCUCAAAGAUGGAUGCUUCACAAAGGGUACUCAGUUCCAUUAGAUAUGCGGAACAACAACAGUGCUGCCGCAGGACUUGAAAUGAAUCCAGACGUUAGAGAUAGUACUAUUAAUAAAGAACAGACAUUUGUCAGAGAGCUGUGGGGUGAUGUGAAGAGUAACUUCAGGUUGCGCCGCGAUAAAAUAAGACAUAACUUCUUGAAGACGAGAGAUUUGUCCUACAGAACAACCCCUUCUAUGUGGCUGCAAUACAAGUACUUCCUUGGAAGGAUAGCUAAGCAGAGAAUGAGAGAAGCUAAGUUACAAGCCACAGACUACUUGAUCUUAUUGCUAGCUGGAGCUUGUUUAGGAUCCUUGAUCAAAGCAAGUGAUGAGAGCUUUGGAGCACCUGGUUAUACCUACACUAUCAUAGCCGUUUCUCUUCUGUGCAAAAUAGCAGCAUUGAGAUCAUUCUCACUAGACAAGUUACAUUACUGGAGAGAAAGUGCUUCAGGGAUGAGUAGCUUGGCUUGUUUCCUUGCCAAAGAUACAAUGGACUGUUUCAACACACUUGUCAAGCCAUUGGUUUAUCUCUCCAUGUUCUACUUCUUUACUAACCCGAGGUCCACGUUUUUCGAUAACUAUAUAGUCUUGGUAUGCCUGGUGUAUUGUGUGACUGGUAUAGCAUAUGCGUUGGCUAUCUUCCUCCAACCAGGCUCUGCUCAGCUGUUUUCUGUACUUCUUCCAGUGGUUUUAACACUUGUUGCAACUCAACCUAAGGAUAGUGAAGCUAUGAAGAUCAUAGCUGAUUUGUGUUAUCCAAAGUGGGCUUUGCAAGCCUUUGUUAUUGGAAAUGCUCAAAAGUACUAUGGAGUAUGGAUGAUCACACGAUGUGGAUCACUAAUGAAGAGUGGAUACGACAUUAAUGAAUGGAAUCUGUGUAUAAUGAUAUUGAUUCUCAUUGGUGGGGUCACUCGUAUGAUUGCCUUUGUGGGGAUGAUUAUACUUCAAAAGAGGUGAAAGACAAAAGGUUUUGUUUUCAUUACGGUUUUAGUUCUCGCAGGGCUAUGAAGCUUGGAGGUAGGAGGAGAGAAGAGUUUCAUGGUUCUGCGAGUUUUUGGUUAUAUUCAACCAAGAAGACUAUAGUGUUGUGUUCGUCUUAGUUCAUUGUCUUGUUAGAAGGGUUUGUUACAGGUCUUUUGUGAUAUUAAUUUGUUGGUGUUUAAUUAGCUGAUAUAUAAGCUCUUUUAAAUGCUUGACUUGUUUCUUAGCUGGGAACAAGCUUUCUUUCUU